CACUAAGAUUUUAUGAAGAAGAAAAGAAAAAACAAACCGUGAGAUAAACAAAUGAAAAUGUCCAACAACAAAGCUGAGACACAAUAACAUAACAUUUAAUUGUGGAGAUGUGUUUACUCAUUGACCACCACCAAUCUAUCACAAUUUUGUUGUUCUCACAGUAAAACAUUACAAAAACGGAGAAAGUAAAAAUAUUAAAAUAGUUGGUCUUAACAAUGACAUUAACAUUAAAUCGUCAACAACUGAUUUAAAGUCAAAUGCCCCCAUCUCGCCUUUACAUACAUACAUAUGUGCACAUGCCCCAUUGUUUGUGGCAAUUGAUAGCGAAAAAUAAAUAAUGGAUAUAGUGAAGCCCCCUCGCGAAUUUACCAGAUUCCCUGCGCCACAAGAGUGACAGCUAUCAUAAAAGAGAAGCAGGAGGAAUAUUAAAUGUAUAGUGCGACGACGAGCAGUUGAGGCGGAGGUCUGUUCCAUUGUGCAUUGUGAAAACGUAUGGCGCAUCACAACAUCUAUCAUUGUCUGGUGGUAUGAGUGUGUAUGCGUCUGUGUGUAAUUCAUUGUAACACAGAGUAAAUCUAAUCGACGUCCGACGACGAAGUCAUCCAGUUGGCAGCAGGCAGCAGAGCUUACCCAUUAAAGAAUGCUGCUUGUACUGGGUUAGUUCUUUUAGUUCUUCCAUGGUGACGGGACGGGUUUAAGAAAGAAAAGAAAAUCGAAAAUUGCAUUGACUGCCAAAACACCAAACACCUGAAACGUUCUAUAUAUGUGGAGAAACUUCAACGGCAGCAGUGAGAUUUUCCAUAUCAAACAAACGUCAAAUCUUAAUUUUUAUCAAUAUCUGUUGAAAUCAAAAAGCGAAAAAGUGAUAAAAAGCAAAUAACAAUAGAAAGCAAGCAAACAGCAACAAAGAUAUUUAGCACAGAGAUCAGCAUAGCCAACAGACCGGAAACGCAUUUAAAAACGAAAAGUACCCACCUCAACCAACCCUUCCAACCGGCACCACGACGGAACCAAUGAUUUAUUGAUCUCAUUGUAUGUUGCUCGAGUGACACCAAUGGCCAACAGCACAACAAACAAAGAGAGUCCCAGUCGGGAUUCGACGAAUUCAUCUUCUGCACGAAUUUCAUUACUCACCGAUGCUGAAUCAUUCUCGCGCGACUUCAGUUUGGGAAGUCUUAAUUCGGCCGUAAGCCAAGAUGAAUUUUUCCGCUGCUCCGAUCAUGCGGAAAGUGUACUGAAACGAAUGCAGUUGUAUUUGGAAAAUCAUCAAUUGUGUGAUGUUGUUCUGAUAGCAGGCAUUGAUGGACGUAGAGUGCCUGCCCAUCGUUUGGUACUGUCCGCAUCCAGUGCAUACUUUUCGGCUAUGUUCACUGGUUCUCUGCGUGAGACCAAAGAGGAAGAAGUCACAUUGGGUGAAGUUCAUGGUGAUGCAUUGCAAAUAUUGGUACAAUAUUGUUACACAGGCUUCAUAGAGCUAAGAGAAGAUACGGUGGAAACCCUACUGGCUACCGCAUGUCUGCUUCAAUUGAAUGCUGUUGUUACUGCCUGCUGUAAUUUCCUAGCUAGACAAUUACAUCCCUCAAAUUGUUUGGGAUUUGCAUUUUUUGCCGAGCAACAAAGUUGUAACACUCUGUUACAAUUGGCCACGGCCUACACAUGCCAACAUUUUAUGCAGGUUUGCAAAAAUCAAGAAUUUUUCCAACUAAACGCAGACCAAUUGGCCAAAUUAUUGGCAAGUGAUGAUCUCAAUGUUCCCUCGGAACAGGAUGUUUUCCACAGUCUAAUGUCGUGGAUACAACAUGAUCCAAAUAAUCGCGAACAACACAUUCCUGAAUUAUUGGCUUUGGUGCGGCUGCCAUUGCUGCAGCCCUCGUUUAUUAUGGACCAUGUGGAGAGCGUGUGCGCUUCCAAUGAAUGCCAGCAACUGGUUAUGGAGGCUCUCAAAUGGCACUUGUUACCUGAAAGAAGAUCUCUUAUCUCUUCCGAACGCACAAAACCUCGAAAGUCCACUGUCGGCAGGUUAUUGGCUGUUGGUGGAAUGGAUGCGCAUAAGGUAAAGGGAGCUAUUAGUAUUGAAAGUUAUUGUCCUCGUUUGGACAAAUGGACUGCCUGGAAAAACAUGUCAGCCAGACGUCUACAAUUUGGUGUGGCCGUAAUGGAUGACAAACUGGUUAUAGUGGGAGGCCGUGAUGGCUUGAAAACCUUAAAUACUGUUGAGAGUUUGGACUUGAAUACAUUGGCGUGGACCCCCUUAAACCCCAUGGGAACUCAUCGUCAUGGGCUGGGAGUAGCUGUGCUGGAAGGUCCACUCUAUGCUGUGGGUGGCCACGACGGUUGGAGUUAUUUGAAUACUGUGGAAAGAUGGGAUCCUGUGGCUCGAACCUGGAGCUAUGUGGCACCAAUGUAUUCCAUGAGAUCAACUGCAGGAGUGGCUGUCCUAGGAGGUCGUCUCUAUGUUGUAGGCGGACGAGAUGGCUCAGUUUGUCACAGAUCCAUAGAGUGUUAUGAUCCGCAUACUAACAAAUGGACUAUGCGCGCCCCAAUGAAUAAGCGGAGAGGUGGUGUUGGAGUAUCGGUAGCUCAUGGCUUUAUAUACGCAUUGGGUGGCCACGAUUGUCCUGCAAGCAAUCCCUCAGUGUGUCGCACAGAUACUGUUGAACGAUAUGAUCCCAGCACAGAUACAUGGACUUUGAUUUGUUCAUUGAGUAUUGGCAGAGAUGCCAUAGGCUGCGCUUUGCUUGGAGAUCGUCUAAUGGCCGUGGGAGGCUACGAUGGCAAUCAUUAUUUAAAGACUGUGGAAGAAUACGAUCCAGAAUCUAACGAGUGGACCCAAGUGUCUCAACUAACGUACAGCCGGGCUGGAGCCUGUGUUGUGGCAAUUCCGAAUAUAAUUCCUUCGACACCACCAUUAGCAAGUUCAACAAAGGUAUGGAAACCAGUGAGAUUGAACCCCAUUUGCUACCGCCGUAAUGUGGAAUUUGUGGAUUAUUAUAAUCUUUAAGAUGUGAAUACUUUUUCACUCACUACUCGUGUAUUUUUCUAAAAUUUUAUCCUAGUAAUAAUGUCAUAAAUCGUAUUAUAUUUAUAAAAAACAAAAAUCCAAAUCAAAAUAUUUUAUAAUUUUAAUCGUAAAAAUAAAGCAAAAAUCAAACGAUUUGUCAAAACGAUGAAA